UGUGGUUUGUCAAUGUGCUAGUGAGUGGUUUUGCAUGGUGUUUACUCUCAGAAUUUUGCUAAAUAGUGAUAAAAUAACGGUGUUUCUAUAUAUUCCAUCGAUACAGUGUCGGCGUGUGCCGAUUCCAUGUUUUCAGUGCUUUUUUCCUUAAGUCAUGAUGUUCAAAGUCUAAAUAAAAAUAGUUUAUAAGUGAAGUCAACAAUUGGAUUAUAAGGAAAACCCGGAAAUAUCGACACCAUGUUCCAGAAACCAGCUUUUGGUUCUAACACGACCAAUUUUGGGUCGUUCAACGCGGGUACGUCGACGGCGUCUCCGUUCGGCGGCUUCAAGCCGGCGACGGGUACCAGCGCGUUUGGAGCCCCGCCUGCCUUCGGGGCUGCUACGUCAACCCAGCAGACUACGGGUGGAGGUCUAUUCGGCUCCACAAACACCACAGGAGGCCUGUUCGGUGGCUCCACAGCAUCCACGUCUACAGCGGGCUUCGGUGCGAGCACCUCGGGCUUCGGUUUCGGAGCCCCCCAGCCUGCUAGCGGAGGCCUAUUCGGAAAUACUUCUACCGUAGGCGGAGGACUGUUUGGGAAUCAACAUAAUCAGACCGCUUUCGGGGCUAAGCCUACUGGUUUCGGCUUCGGCAGCACGAGUACAACUGGUGCCGCGUCGGGCAGUCUGUUCGGCUCGACACCAGCCACGGGUACCGGACUAUUCGGACAACAGAACAACACCAUCGGAGGUGGACUGUUCUCUAAUAAUACUGCAGGAGCAUUCGGUCAACAGCAACAGCAGGCAACUGGCACAGCACACGUCAAGUACAACCCUGUAGUCGGCACCGACGUGGUCGUCAAGUCUGGCACCUCGCAGAAUGUCAACAUCAAGCAUCAUUGUAUUACUUGUAUGAAGGAAUAUGAGAACAAAUCCCUGGAAGAGUUACGUCUAGAAGACUAUGUGGCUGGUCGGAAGGGCAGCAGCGGAGCCGUGUUCGGUGGCUUCCAACAGCAGACGGAGAACAAGCCGCUAUUCGGCAACACCUCAUUCGGUCAACCAGCAACCACGAGCUCCAACUCAGUGUUCGGUGGGUCUGCCCUGGGAGGCGGCUUCGGUGCCACAGCCCCCACGUCGUCGUUCUCGUUCGCGGCCACCCCGGCGCAGCCCGCCACGCAGGGGCUGUUCGGACAGGCUAAACCGGCCUUCGGGGCUACGCCUGCUACCGGUGGCACGGGUUUAUUCGGUGCUACUACUACGCAGGCGCCUACCUUUGGCACAAACACCUCCACAUUCGGCUUCGGAACUAACACACAGCCACAGCAACAAACUGGCGGCCUCCUAUUCGGCGGCGCGAAGCCGGCGACUUCCGGCUUCGGGACGGCGCCGACGAGCACCGGCUUCGGCGGCUUCGGCUCCACCGGCGUGUUCGGCGCCAAGACGCAGGCGCCCAGCUUCGGGACGCAGGCUCCUGCAUUCGGUUCGAUGACGACUGGGGCCUUCGGCACGAGCACGUCUCAGUCGGGAGGCCUGUUCGCGGGACAGGGCUUCGGGAAACCCACCACGGCGCCUACAUUCGGCUUCAACAAUCCACAGACUGGGCUGGGAGGCGGUCUGGCUGGUUUAGGCACGAACACGUUUCAAGCGAAGCCGGCAGUGCCCGCGUUUGGACAACUCGGCGCCACCAUGUUCAACCAGCCGACACAGAACAAUACUUUUAAGACUGGUCUAGACAGCGGCCUCGGCGGCGGUAUGUUCGGCAACAACAGCUCGCUGGGGCUCGGCAUGACGCUCGGCGGCAUGCAGAACAACACUACUAGUGUCAUGAACAACAGCCUCUCGGGUUCGUCGGCGGGCGGUAACGUGCACGAACAGAUACUAACUCUAGCGGCCCGGCCUUACGGCGACUCGCCGCUUUUCAAGGACCUACUGCCUGAUUCAUCGACAACAGCCGAAGAUGUGCUAAAGCCCACAAACCCAGCAGCAGUGAAGGCAGUGCUAGACAGCUCCAACAGUGCGGCGUACCGCGUGACGUCACCCACCGCCAUACGCCUCACCGUCACCCCACGAGCUAGCAGCGAUAAGAAAUCUCUAUUCGACGGUUUAGAAGAAACAGACGCGAGUCUAGAAGACAAGCUUUGCCUGAAGCCGUCUCGCAAGCGUCUCGUGCUGCGCCCCAAUCAGAGGGCGAAUGAAGGUCAUAACGAUUCUGUCGACCAUGCUAAUGAUACCGGCAGAUCACUAGAAGAUCAGCCGCAAUCCAACGGCGGUGUGCCGGCCGGCAGCCUAGCCGCUGAUCAGCCGAACAUAGACGAGGUGGACCGCAAACAGGACGACUAUGUCUCCUUGAAGAAUUCUGCUGGUAGACAAGCUGAUGUUUCUUCCGGCCCUGAUAAACAUGGAAGUUGGCUCAGUGCAUCUAAAAUGCCGUGGGGUGACAAGGAGAAGUCUAUUGAUGGAGACCCAACGCCACGACUCUAUCCUAAUAUUGACAAGGACAUUCAAGCCCAAGUAUCAGAGCGCCGAGCCAGCUGGUUGACCACCAAACCGCUGCGGAAACCUCUCGUGUCCAACCCUGAUGCUGCAGAGAACUCCGUCAGAGAACUCAGGGUUAGAGACCGCUCACACGACAAGGAGAAUGUCGAUACUCUGUCCGUAUCGGAAGAGGAACACGUUUCGCCGCGCGAGUUGCCGCCGCAUCCCACUGGCGUGAAGCUCACUCGUCCCGGCUACUACACCAUACCCAGCCUCGAUGAGAUGAUCAGUUACAUACGUAGUGACGGUAGCUGCGUGGUGCCGCACCUCACGGUGGGCCGCCACAACUACGGCAGCGUGCACUACGACGCAGAGAUAGACGUCAGCGGCAUGGACUUGGAUAGUUUGGUUCACUUCUUAAACAAGGAGGUGAUAGUAUACCCCGAGGAGUCGGAGAAGCCCCCGCUGGGUUCAGGCCUCAACCGCCGCGCCGUGGUGACGCUCGACCGCGUGUGGCCGAGAGACAAGAGCGAGAAGCGACCCAUCACUGAUCCUGACAGACUACUAAAAAUGGACUACGAAAACAAACUACGCCGCGUCUGCGAUAAACACAACACUAAGUUCAUAGAGUACCGGCCACAGACCGGCAGCUGGGUGUUCCGAGUGGAACACUUCAGCAAGUACGGGUUAACCGACUCCGAUGAGGAGGAGGACGUACCCGAGCUCAUGAAGAGACAGCUCGUUACACAGACGCUGCAGAAGGCUGCUGCUCCGACUCCAAAACAGCCGGUAGGCACAGCAUCAGCGGGGCUGGGCGGGCUGGGCGGCCUGGCCGAGGACAACCUGUUCGCGAUGCAGCAGACCUCGCUCAACCUGCUCAAUGGCGCCGCCAAAGCUUUCGAAAUGGACACCACGGAAGAUAAUACGGAGUCACAAAGUCUUUAUUUAGAUAACAGAGCAUAUGGUGUAAAAAGUCCUACGAGUGAGCUGGCUCGCUUGGAAAACCGACAGAGCCACAAUGUACAACUUAUGAAGGCGUCGCUCUAUGCUGAUACCGAAAUGGAAGAUGAUGCUUCAGUAUCUACGGGAGACCAGUUAGUACCAGUGUCUGUGCCGCUACUAACUAUGCCGGCACUCGCGCCGUCUGUCAUCAAGGACGACCAGCAGAUAUCCAUGACUGAGGCACCUGAUGCUGAAGAAACUCAGAUGAAGCCGCUCAUAGUUCGUCCACAUACAAUUGUGUUGAACUAUCACAGAAAGGUGCCGCCCUUCAAACAGACUAUUGCCGGUCGUCUGGACGCAGCCUACAUAUCCGACAUGUCGGUGUGUCGGGCCCGACACGCCCGCGUGGGCUUCGGUCCGGCGGGGGCGCUCGCCUUCGCCACCUCCCUGCACUCGGUUAACGAUUUACCUAGAACGGCAGAACUAUCAGAAUUGGGUAGGUAUGUCCGUGGCAGAGCUUCUAACGACUGGUCAGAACCUCUGCUCGUCAGAAUGGCUAUUGGACAACCUGAGAAAGAUGAUGCUAUGUUGGAAGUCUUAAAGAAGCAACUAGAGGUACUUCUCAACUACUCAACGCAUAUAGAGGUAGCAGAAGGUCAAUGCCCGCAGCUGCGCGUGUCGCAAGAACCGCGCGACCGACGCGACGUGCUGCGACAGUACUUGCGACUCGCUAAUGUUAACAACAGGCAUAAGUUCGGCGUGUCAGGCGCAUAUUGUCACGAAGUGUGGCAACUAUGUGACGCUUUGUGGGGAGCUGAUCUUGAAAACGAUGGUGUACCGAGCCAAGACCUCCUAUCCACAGUGAACAGGCACCGGAAGCUGCUGGACUGGCUCAAGAGUGCCGUCUCCGAGGCCACGGAUGAGGAACUGUCUGAACCCAUGCCCGGGGAGAAGGAGGAUGAAGCGGACGGGCACAGCGCUCGAAUUUGGACACUACUACUGGGCGGGCGAAUCCUGGAAGCGUGUAAAGUGGCCAAAGAACACGGCGACCUCAACAUGGCCAUGCUCAUCGCUCAGGCUGCUGGCGACCCAUCAUUCCGUUCCCUCAUUACUCGUCAACUGUCCCUCUGGCGAGAAUGUGGUGCCGAUACUCUCAUAUCUUCCCACCGCUGGGCAACACUGCAGCUCAUCGCUGGACAACCGCCCAGAGACAAGCUGGCCCACUCGCACUGGCUCACUGCCCUACACGCUACUGCUAGGUACCUAUGCUCCCACGUACCCUCACUGGAACAAGUGAUGAGAACGUACGAAGGCUUCUUCAUCACCGGUGAGGAUCGAGAUGAUGAUGAAGUGGAUCUGACUGUCGUGGACGAUGAUGAGAUGGGCAUGCGGCUUCCUCUGCCGCCGUACGUUAACCAGUACGAUGUUACUGUUGACUAUAACGGCAAGCAACGUCGCGUUCUAGACCUCCGCUACGAGUUGCUGCGAGCUCGUGCCUUCAACUGCAGACCCAAGCUGAGACCUGCUGCUUACACUCCCGAUCCGUUAGACUAUAGCUUGUGUUUCCUGCUAGGCACGUGGUUUGGCAACCCCUCGAUAGAGAGUAUAACGGGCAUCGCUGAUCAACUAGAAGCGAGUGGGGAGUGGCACCUAGCCGUGCAGGCUCUCUGCUAUCACCCCGACGAUGUGGCUCGAGGCCACCUCAUCCGCGGCGUCCUGUCCCGUCACGCGCCGAGCAAGGCGGACAGCGCCGCCGUGCAGGCGCGGCUCGAGCUCGUCACGCGGCUGCGAGUGCCGCGCCACUGGCUGCUGCUGGCUCAAGCGCAUAGAGCUAAGUAUGAGCGUCUGCCCGCGUUAGAAGCGGAGUACCUGGUCGGUGCUGGUCAGUGGAACGCGGCGCAUAAAGUGUUGCUCGACGAGCUGUUACCCGAAGCUGUGUUAGCAGAUGACCUACAGAGUAUAGCACCUUUACUAGAGAAAAUGAAUAGUGCCGCAGAACGGGACGAACUCAGCGGCUGGCAGAGUGGCGGACAAGCGCUGCAUCUGUAUCUACACGUCUGUGUGCAGAUACGCGGUCUAGUAUCGUCGGCAGAAGCCCAGCGUGACCGCGCCAACGUUCACGCGCAGCUCGAAGCGUUGCGGCCCAAAGUCGCCGCCGCUUGCCGGGCGCUAGGCGGCCUGCAGCCCAAGAGUCUAGGGGGUCGCUUCGCUCGUGCCGAGAUGGGGGCCCGGCUGGUGCAGUGCACGCUGGCGGCCGGGGAAGCCGCCGCGCAUGUCGCCGCGCUGCUGAGGACGCUCGCCCUCCCGCCCGACACCACGCACACUGCACAGCACAAGAUUAGCUCAAUGUUGGCGUCUCGUGCGGCCGAGAGCGCUUGUCCUGCGUCGCCAGCCAGCUAAGAGCGGCAAAGUUAGUUGACGACAACUGUAUGUAGAUAAUUGAAUAAAUUUUGUUUUUUUUUUCUAUUUGAAAAAUAUUGCAAUAAAUGAUUUGGAAAUGACGAUGUGUUGAUAUAGGUCGCGGCAAACUUAAUAGCGGCUUGUAGCUAACUUCAGAGCAUAGGUACGCGCAUUUGGCCCAUACCUCUCAUGUCGUAAAAUUUUUGAAUCUGAAUAUUAUUUGAACCGACAUUAAGUUUGGUACGAACUACACACUAUGAAUAAAGGCUAAAUUAAGGCUUAAAAGUCUUGAAAAAAUCGAAUUUGUAAUCCAAAACUUGUUUGGUUAUGUUUGUAUAGAAAAAUUACAUAAAAUAGGGAGUCUUAGAAUUAAAUUAGUAAUUUAUUUUUUGAGUCAUAAAUAGUUAAGUAUUUGUACUCAGAACCAAUCUUUUUGUCACUACAUUAUAAUUUUAAUAUUACGUGAAUAUUUAUAUAUGUUCGAAUUUAACAAAUAAAUAUUGUAUACGAAACAAAAGUAAAAAUAUAAUAUUUCAGACAAUUUUGUCAACUUUACACAAUUUGAAUUAACAAAAAUAUAAUUGAAAGAAUUUCAUGCA